CCAAAUACAAAACAACGAUGGCUGGCUUUGGUGAAGAGGAUCAUCCUACACAUUUAAUAGACGAAUUCGAAACGGCGUUUCAGAACUGUAUUACCCAACUCACCAGCCAAGAAUAUUUCAAUGUUACUGAUUCAGAAGAAACAAAGACAGGAGUUGAGCAUUCUCUUCAGAAGUUUCUAGAGCUAGCCCGACAGACAGAGGCACACUUUCUUAGUCAGAGACUGAUUUUGUCGACUCAGAAACCAGACCAAGUGCUUAGAGAGGAUAUUCAGGACCUAAAAAUUGAACUGGACCGCAAAGAGAAGUUGAUAGAAAAACACCAUGACCGUCUGCAGUCGUGGCAGAACCUUUUACGUAGCAUGCAGGGAAACACCACAGGGCAGCCUCUGCCACAACAGCCACCCCCAUCACAACCCCAGGCUUCCUCCCAGAUGAACAUGCAGCCCAUGAUGCAACAGCAACAUCCCCAGCAGAUGUCGCAGUAUCCAGGACCGCCGAAGACAGGACCCGGCAUGCCAGCAGGACCUGUCCCUCAGAACUUCAUGCCACCUCCACAGCCGCCUCCAUCGUAUCCACAGGGAGGACCUCUCGCAUAUCUUGAACAAACCAUGUCGAACAUUGGGAUGCCAGAUCGCAGAUAGCAGUCACUAGUGAUUCGGCCUGUACAUCAUAACAUUACAUGGGGUUCAUACGGGUUAUGGAAGUCAUGUAAAGUCGUGGAAAUUUAAAAUGUCAUUUUCCAAGUCUUGAAAGUCAUGGAAUUCUAAGUAUGGUCAUCGAAAGUCAUGGAAGAUUAAUAUUCAUUGAUAAGUGUAGUCAAAGGGGAAUAACUUAACACUAGUGAAGGUGGUGUUAUACAAAGCCACCAACGUCAGUUCUUUACUUUGUUAUCGCCCGUCGAUGUAGGUUUAAUCAAAUUAAUUUUCUUCCAUUUAAAAUAAAUAGCACAAGAAUAAAUCACAAACCAUAUAAUAAAAACUAAUGCUGCUAAUGAUCACAGAAAAAUAUAAAAAGUAAUGAAAUUUGGUUUGCUUGAAUCCCAUUACAUGUCUUCUGGAUACUUGCUGGACAUAAGGAAUGUCAGACGGAAGAUAGCAAUUACCAGUAAUUCUGCCUGUAUUAUUAUAUACCAUAACAUUACAUGUCUUCUCCAUGCUCAGUAGUCGGCCCAUUGCAUUUUACCCAUUCCAACCAUGUCAGAUAUUAGAUUUACUAGCUGAAAAAUAAAAUACUUGUGUGAAUA